CUGGCGUAAACAAUUCCACGCAGGGUCCCUCGCGCGGCGUGUGACAGGCGGACCCCGAAGGCUCCUCCUGCGCAGCCUGAGCCAUGGAGCAAGUGGAGAACUACACCUACGUGGUGGUAGGAGGAGGCAUUGCCGGGGUCACCUGUGCAGAACACUUGUACAUUCUACAUCCGGAGGAGAGUACGUUAGUCAUCACCGCCUCAGCACUCAUCAAGGCGGUCACCAACGUCCUGCCUCUAACGAAAACACUAGAUGCCUUUGACGUGGAAGAGAGGCAUGCCGAGUACUUGGAGAAUCAGUGCCCCAAUGUCACUGUUAUCCGAGAUGCUGUGGAAAGGCUCGAUGCAAAGGAGCAGUGUGUGUAUGUAUCUUCAGGCAAAAAAUUCAAAUAUAAAAAGCUGUGCAUAUGCACAGGGGCGACUCCCAAAGUCAUAGCAGAAGACAGCCCGUAUGUGGUGUGGAUACGUGACACAGAAUCCGUGUGCCAGUUCCAGGCAAGAAUGAAGGGUGCUCGGAGAAUAUUGAUUGUGGGGAACGGAGGAAUUGCGACAGAGAUGGUGUAUGAAGUUACAGGCAUAGAAAUUGUUUGGGCCAUAAAAGACAAGCACAUGACGGCCAACUUCAUCGACCCUGGAGCUGCUGAGUUCCUCCGAUCUGAACUUUCUAAGGAGAAGGUUGAUGCGACUGGGCCUUCUAAGAGGCGGAAAUACACCGUGGACAUGAAAGAGAGUGCUUCGACGGUCAUGGGUGGAGCCCUGGGUCCUGACUGGCACUCCGGCUUGGAGCUGAGGGGGAGCAACCAGCGCAGGGUCACCCUUGAGACAGAGGUGGAGGUGAAGGAAAUUCUCGAGCCAGACAAAUUCGGGCAAUCGGGAAAGGAGCUGACGAGGCUGAGUGAGGAGGAAGUUGACUGGCCUGUCUACGUUGAGCUAACUAACGGCAAGGUCUAUGGUUGUGAUUUCAUCGUGUCAGCAACCGGCGUGACACCUAAUGUUGCCAAAUUAUUAGCAGGAAAUAACCUGAGCGUAGGAGACGACGGAGGCCUCGUCGUCAAUGAACAGAUGGAGACGACAGAGAAAAACGUGUACGCUGCAGGAGACGCUUGCACGCCUGGCUGGGAAAAGGCACGGCACUGGUUUCAGAUGAGGCUGUGGACGCAAGCGAGGCAAAUGGGAUCGUACGCGGCCAAGAGCAUGUGGGCAUCGCUCACGGGAGAGGAAAUCUACAUGGAUUUCUGCUUCGAGCUCUUUGCGCACGCCACCCGCUUCUUCGGCUACAAAGUCAUCAUCCUGGGCCUCUUCAACGGCCAAGGACUGGAGGGGAAGUAUGAAAUUCUCCUCAGAUACACGAAAGGGAUGGAGUACAUCAAGUGCGUGAUGUUGGACGGGCGGAUGCAGGGGGUGGUGCUCCUUGGGGAGACGGACCUCGAGGAGACCUUCGAGAACCUCAUCCUCAACCAGAUGGACUUGUCUUCCUACGGCGAGGACCUCCUCAAUCCCGAUGUUGACAUUGAGGAUUAUUUUGAUUAGGCUGUUUGCAAUCUUGUGCUCCCUUUUUUUAACUUUUUGUCUCUCUCUCUCUCUCUCUCUCUCUCUUCUCUCUCUUCUCUUCUCUUCUCUUCUCUUCUCUUCUCUUCUCUUCUCUUCUCUUCUCUUCUCUUCUCUUCUCUUCUCUCCU